AUGAGGAAGAAGGUGCCUCUGCAGGGUAUCCAGAGCAACAAAGAGGUGAAUGGAUGCCAUCACAGCACUACAGUGGUAAUAGAGGAAGAUUUCAACAGAGAGGUUCCAAGGGUCGAUCGAGUUGGGGGAGUGCUUAUUCAAAAGGAGGCUUUCAGCCUGACCAUAGGAAUUGGCAGAGAGCUCAUUCGUCAUUCAUCUGCAUCUGAUACCAUGUCAAAUGUAGCUAAGAGGAAAGAGAAGCAGGCUUCAGGAAUUAUGCUGAAUGGAAACAGAGAUGAGGAUGGUUAUCUGGUAGUGUCUGCUGAUGGAGGAGAUUCCAUGGAAGAGAGAGGUAUCUCUGGAGAUGAUGGUGAUGAUUGGGGCUGGUUCCCAAGAGGAGGACCAUCCCAAAGAAAUCAAGGUAUUCCAAUGGAAGUACCAGUUCAGCAGCCACAGCAGGAUCCAAGAGAGUUGGAGAGAAAAGUCUUGAAAAAGGUUCUGGAAACUUCUGGAUUAGAAUUGCACAUAAAUGAGCUCUCUGCUCACUUGGAAAUGCCUGUACCACAACUGAAAAUAUUCCUCAAUGACCUCAAUCAGUUUCUGAUCUCAGAGGAAGACACAGUUUCACUGCAGAUUGGCUUGAAGAUAUGUGAGGCAUACCUUCUACCUGAUGGAUGUUCAGGUGACUGCAAUGGUUUGCAUAUGUGCUACAAAUAUGUGGCCAAGAAGUGUUCUCGAGGCGACAGUUGUGAGGAAGGACACGACUUCAAGACGAACCACAAUACCAAGAUUCUUCGAAAAUUUCAUCUAGAAGAUGCAGAUUCCCAGUUACUGUUGAAGUUGAUGCAAUCCUCGGGGGAUGUCGUUGUGGUUCCAGGAAUUUGUGAUUAUUACAAUGUUGGGGAAUGUAAAUAUGGCAGUGGAUGCACAAAAAUGCAUCUGUGUCUCAACUACAUCUUGGGCACGUGCAAUGAUGGGUGCCAACUGAAUCAUGACAUUUUGGAGUCACACUGUGAAAGGUUACUCAAGAAUUCUGGAGUGAAGAUGGAUUCCUCAAGAAAGGAUUUGAAGAAUUUCUUGAAGAGAGAGUGGCAGAAAGAGCAAAAACUGGAUGCAAUUGCUGAGAGGAAAGAAAAGGCUGACCAGGAGAAACAAAGAAGGAGGCAGCUGGAAGAGGCUGCAAGGAGGAAGGUAUUCCAUGCUGAUGAAGAUGAUGGUGAAGUGGAAGUUCCUGAGGUUUGUAUCUUCCUUCUCAACGAUCGAUGUCUCGAUGGAGAAAGAGGUCGCUGCAAGCGUUUACAUGCUGGAACGCCUUACCAUUGGCAAGUGAAGAAUCCUGUUACCAAUAAAUGGAUCAACUUGAGCAAGAACCAAUCAUUCAGACUUGAGCAGAAUUUUGCUGAUCCCUCUAAAGUCAAAGUCCAGCUUGACUCAUUCACAUCAGAGGAAGUGCACUUAACGAAACGGAGUCAACUCAGGAGCUUAUUCCAGGAUGAGUCAUAUGAAGUAGAUUUCAUAGGAAUGAAGUUAAGAAACAUGCAGACACAGGCAAGAAUGGACAUUCGAAGGCUUAGUACAGAAUCACAUGUCAUGACUGGUGGAAAGAAGCACUCCACUAUUUGGUGUUGGCACUUCCUUGACAUAUCGGGGAAGUGGAUGGAAUAUGGUGCUACCACUGCUGAGCAUAGUUCCUCCAGUGACCUGAAAUCAGCUGACAUAGAGAAGCAGUAUUGUACUGCACAGGGAAAUGGUCGCAUCACCUUCAGUACAAACAAAUUCAAAUAUGAAAUCAACUUCCAAACAAUGAAGCAGAAGAAUCUGCAGACCAAUAAACAGAGGGAUAUCCUGCGGCGUCCUGCUCCCCCUGAUGGAUCUAGCAAUCAGGUGAAUGUUCUCAAGUACCGUCAUGUCCCAUCCCACUGGGUCCCCAUGCAAGAGACAGAAACUUGCAAGAUGGUUCCUUUGGAUCCUGGAUCCCAAGAAUACCUAAAUGUAGCUGCCCUAAUGCCUGGCUUUACUGUUCGGAAGAUCACAAGAGUUCAGAAUCCAUAUCUAUGGGAGAUGUAUCAAAAUAGGAGAUUGGUCUUGUUGAAGAAGUACAAUAAUAAUGCAGGAAGGGUUUCAUACUUGUGUGGUAUUGGAGGCAAAGAUGGUAAGGAGAGCAUCAUCCACAUGGUGAAGGCCCUUAUUAGCAAGGAUGUAGCCCAGGAAUAUUCUUUUCUUGGAAAGAAAGGAAAGAAGUGCUUCAAGGAACUAAUGAUCUGCAAGUCGAUCACAGUUGCUGCAAAGAAGCUGGCAUUGACUGAGAAGGAAGAAAUGAAGGAGGUGUCACCAAUGGUAAUGACUACACAAGACCUGCCCAUGCUAAUUCCCCUGAACACAUUAGAUGAUCUUCAACUCUAUGAAGAACUGUUGAGUGCAGAUCACACUGCUUGUGCUGACUUGGUUUCAUACUUGCGUGGUAUUGGAGGCAAAGAUGGUAAGGAGAGCAUCAUCCACAUGGUGAAGGCCCUUAUUAGCAAGAAUGUAGCCCAGGAAUAUUCUUUUCUUGGAAAGAAAGGAAAGAAGUGCUUCAAGGAACUAAUGAUCUGCAAGUAGAUCACAGUUGCUGCAAAGAAGCUGGCAUUGACUGAGAAGGAAGUAAGCAGUGUUGUGGGGAACUCUCUUCACUUCUCCCGAGACUGGAAUGGAGGAAGAGGUUUACGGAGAAUCCUCUAAGAAGAAAAAUUUUUUGUUUGAUUGACGGGUAUCUGUGCUAGAAGGUUUUUUGUAGGACCAUUCUUGAAGCCCCAGAAAAAUUUAUAUGAUGACAUUUUUGUUGGUCCUCAUAUUUCUCUUUUUUAUGUUGAAUUUUGAGAAUUAUCUUUGUUAUUUAUGCUUGUUUUUUGUUUAAUUAUAUUUUUGCAUUCAAAUACUUGUGUUUCUCUUUUCUGGUUUUCAUGGAGUGCCACUGUAUUUUUUGCUUUGAAG